CUUUCUGAGCUUCUAUUUAAGCUUCUUCUUUGAAGCAUUGAAACAUACAAUUAACUCAUUCUGUUUGAACGCGCAACUCUCUUGGCUUUCAUGCUUGAAUGGUACCCACUACCAAAUAUUUGAUCAAACAACUCAUUCAAAAAUACAUUUAAAAGUCGUUCCCCCUCAACUUAAUCAACUCAAACAACUGUUACUCACAAAACCAUGCCACCUCCACCACCUCCACCACCACCUCCUCCACCGGGAUUUGGCGGUCCUCCUCCUCCUCCGCCUCCUGGAGGAGCCCCAGGAUCGAUGCCAUCAAGGCCACCUGCGAAAGUCGCUGCCAAUAGAGUAAACACCCCGAGUUGUACAAUGUUAAGUUCGAGUUGCUAACCAUGUUAUAGGGCGCACUUCUGUCAGAUAUCACAAAAGGAAGAGCACUCAAAAAAGCUGUAACCAACGACCGAUCGGCACCAAUAGUAGGCAAAGUAUCCGGUGGUUCUGGGCAAAUGCCGAUAGGAGGUGCUCCGCCAGUACCUGGAAUGGCAAAACCUCCUGGGGGUUUUGGCGCACCACCCGUACCUGGGGGAAAUAGAGCUAGAAGUGACAGUGACCAUGGGAAUAGCGCGUCCACAGGAAUGGAACAACCCCCGCAGUUAGGAGGGAUCUUCGCAGGUGGCAUGCCCAAGUUAAAGAAACGAGGCGGAGGGGUAGACACUGGCGGUAAGCUUUAUGCUCUAUAAAGAUAGGAUAGAUUCUAACUCUUAACAGCAAAUCGAGAUUCAUCAUUCACAUCAGAACCGGAAUUUUCAGCACCUAAACCACCAGGUAUGGCAGCUCCUAGACCUCCAAUAAAUGCAGCCCCUCCGUUACCAUCAGCCCGGCCUCCUCCUCAGCCCAGUCCUUCGGCACCUACAUUCGCGCCAUCGGUUGCCAAUUUGCGAAAAACUGCUGGCCCAUCAAUCUCUCGACCUGCUUCUUCAAAUUCCCUCAAGGGACCACCACCUCCUAUUGGCAAGAAACCUCCUCCACCUCCUGGGACUCGAAAGCCAUCAGCUUUAUCAGCCCCACCACCGCCAUCAUCAUUCGCACCUCCACCCCCUUCUUCUUCAGCCCCUCCACCGCCUGCUGCACCACCGCCACCACCUUCUCCAGCUCCACGCCCUCCCAGUAACCCACCUCGAGCACAUGCGCCCCCUCCUCCACCAACGUCUCCACCUUCGGUUAAUGGGGGUAGCCAGAGUCUUGCUAUGCAAGCAGCAAUUCGUGCUGCCGGUCAAGCAUCGCCAAUGGGUGCACCCCCUCCACCGCCGCCACCCCCAUCUAAUGGGCCUCCCUCUAUAUUGUCACACAGAGCGCCAUCUCCGCCUGCACCACCAGUGGCACCACCAGUGGCACCACCAGUGGCACCAAUAUCAAGAAGUCAAAGUCAACAACAAGGAAGAACUCACACCAUGGAUUCUAGCUCAUAUACUCUCUCAUCAAACGGCACCUUACCGAAAACCGCCAGCUCUGAUAGGAGAGUUAUAAUCAAUGAUUCUAGAUGGAAAUUCACCGACGAAUCAGUAUUCCCCAAACCUCGGGAAUUUAUUGGUGGACCUAAGAAAUAUCGGGCUGGCCGUGGGAGCAGUGUUCCGUUGGAUCUGAGUGCUUUCCACUAAAGAUUUUACUUACAAAGAAUAGCUUUUGGAUCCGUGUUUAUAUGUUACCAUAAUGAUUUAGGGCGUUAUAGCGGGAUAUCGUUUAGAAUCCGGUAAGGCGGCAUCAAGCUAUCUGAAUUGGAGUUAUACGUUAGGGCAAUUGACGUCGUCAAAAUUCCCUUCCAAGUCGUGAGAUGAGACCGUUUAAUCAGAGACAUGAGAUCAGUGCCCUGUGUCAUUGAGGAGAAGAAUGAAGCUGGGAUCACAAACUACGGUAUAAAAAAUCAUGUGUGACAGCGAGCAAAUCCUACAAUGAAACAUCAAAGUAGAUAGAAAAAAUAAUAAACUUUUGC